AAGCGUUUUAAAGCUCUGAACAAUUACAUAACUAGUUGUUUUAUUUCCUCUCGCAGUAAGAGAUUAUUCUUCAAUUGUCAACAUUUCGAAGUCAUUUAUUAAUCUUCGCCAGUGGGAAGACUUAAGGCGCUUUGCCUUUGAAUAUCUAACAAUGUUUCAAAUUAUCGAUUCGCCCGCAGACCGCACAGAGAUAGAGAAACUAAAAUCACCGUUGAUCUCUCUUAAAAAUAACAGUAAAAAAAAUACGGGAUUCCCUGAGAUUAUCACUUUUUUAAUCGACAAGCAUAUUACGAUUGUUCGAAGAAUGUUAAAAACUUUCUUCGUUGUUAAUUAAGUUAGAAAACACCCAUAUGCCUUGGAAAGACCGCCAAACGAAAAACGGCAAACAUUGUGGGUUGAUUUUUAAUAUUCCUGCGGGGGUCGAGAGUGGAAAAAAAUCUCUCGAAUUGCGAUUCCUGAGAUUGGGCUAAAUUGUUUGACUUUUCUCGGCGUUCCCGGAUUUCGUAUCAGCUUUAACAAGUGAGAUUUCCAACAAGCAACAGGGGGGCAGCCAGAAAUUUAUUUACAAUGCAUAAUUUAAUAUUUUACUUGCGAAGACUUCCUGCCUCACAAAGAGAAAAUAGUUCGAAAAUCUUUGAAAAUUGUCAACAUUUUUUUUGUAACAGGAUUAAAAUAUCGCUCAAGCAUUCGUUGGAAUAAAGGCUUAACUUUCCUUCACGUUGUUAUGUACCAGCCACAAGAAUUCAGUGUUGUUUUUUCAUACAAUGUUAGAAAACGCGACCGAAACAUCUGGCCAUUUCAAAUAAAUGUUCGUUCGUCGCUUAAUUAUUUAUCGUAUUCAACAAAUAGAAAGUCAAAUUGACUUACAAAAAGAGUCAUAACUUCGCAAACUCUCAUGUUAGGGAUAAUUGUGUUUCAUGUGAAGACGAAAUUGGAUCGGCAGUGCGAGCUAAAUCGACACUAUCACAUCCAAUGUAAACUGACGUAUCCCUUUGAAAAAGUCUUUGGUUUCUAACGGCAGGGUGAAGAUUGCGCUAUCAUUGUUCAUUGUUAUCAGAGGAUGUCAAUACGCUCUCAAUUUAAUGUUUUGGAACAUGCCAAGUCAGAGAACGGGCAAAACAUUGUGCGCCGACAGAAAGUCCUGAUAAACGUUCGUGGCGAGAAGUUCGAGACAUACGAACACACUUUGUCUCGUUUUCCGAAAACUCUGCUCGGCUCUCAAACUAAACGAAGACGCUUCUACAAUCCUAUCAGGAGAGAGUAUUAUUUUGACAGAGAUAAGGCAGUUUUUAACUCGAUAUUGUUCUAUUAUCAGUCAAACGGCAUACUUUCAAAACCCGAAACCGUCUCUUACGAGAUAUUUUCGUCGGAGCUGAAGUUCUUCCAACUCGAUGGCUAUUUCGAGGACUCCGAAGAUGAGCUCUCUGCUGAACUUGCAGAAACGAGACGAAGAGCAGCGGAGAGUUUACCUUGCGUGCGAAAAAUCAGGAGAGCCCGUAGAAACGUGUGGAGGUUUUUUGAACAGCCCAUAACCCCGGCCGAACGAACCUACACUAAGUUUUCUCUGAUACUGACCGUUUUAUCAAUGGUUUCUUUAUGCCUGGAAACUUUACCAACGAUAAAACAGAGCCAGUUUCAAAUUCAGCGAGGAAAUGCAACUACGGAGGAAAUCACGGUGGAUUAUGACAUUGUUUGGUCUGCCGUUGAAGUCGUUUUUACAAUCUGGUUCAGCGUAGAAUUUCUCCUGCGUUUCUUGUGCGCGCCGAAGAUCGCAAAAUUCGUCCUGUCGUUUAGUACUCUCGUCGACAUUACGGCGUUGUCGCCUCUGUAUGUUAAAAUCAUCGUUCAGAGCGUUACAGAUCAAAAAGCGAGCAGUGUGGUACCUUAUCCAGUUCUGCGCGUACUUCGCUUGGUGAGAUUGCUCAGAUUGAAGCGAUACAGCGUAGGUAUACGAUUGUUAUUUGAAACAAUCAUAGACAGUCGUGAGCACAUGAGCUUGUUCGUCCUGUGCAUCGUAUUCAACACCGUUUUGCUCUCCAGUUUCGUGUAUUUUUCCGAGGGCGAGGGGGAAAGCUCGCAAUUUACCAGCAUACCAGCGACGUUUUGGUUUACGAUAAUAACACUGUCAAGUGUUGGUUAUGGAGAUUAUGUUCCGACUUCAGCGUGGGGAAAACUGGUGGGCACGUUCUGUUGCAUAGGCGGUACUGUGGCCAUGUUUUGUUUUACUCCUGUGCUCUUCACGGAGUUUCGCAAGUCCUGGCAGCGUUAUUAUGCCGAGAUGCUAGAAAUUAAGGCUCAAAGGGGUGAAGAUGUUAGAGAAGACGAUCAGGUUCACUAUAGAAGCCAAACAGUGCGUUUACGAUGUCAGGACGAAGUGUCUCAGGCAUUGCUCGAGAGAGCCAACGUCCACGGAUAACGCGGAAAUUAAAUCGCUUUUAUUUACCGUCAGCUCUUUGUCUCGAGAAUGUAAUCGCGAGAUUUCCUUUAUUAAUACAAGUACUUUUCUCUUAUAACUCAUGAAGGCAAAACUCUGUGGUUUAUGUAGCCGCACUAAUCAGUUGAGUCAGUUCGCGGUUUUCAGCUCUUAAGCCUCGCUGAUCAGUUUAACGAUGUUUUAAAUUCUUAGCAAGAUACUUCAAGUUUCCCUUGAGCUCUUAACACUCAGUGAAAACCAAACUAAUGCCACUUAUCUCUGUGUAUUUUUAAUUUCUCUGGGUAUGAUUAACUAAGGAAAUAAACUAGGAAGAAGAAAUACUA